UACGCGUUCGCACACGUGACUUUGAUUGUUUCGCGUAAGCUUGCGAAGUUCUUCUGGGUCUUCUCGCCUCUAGGCUCUAGACAGCUCUAGACCUCCUCGAAAUCCGCACGUACGCACGACACACUUGACUUGUUUUGUUGGAUUGAGUGUUGCAUUGCUCCGGUCGUAACCAAGGACUUCGCAUCCUGUAGUAGUCCAAAAUCUUCAGGCGGGUCACGCGAUCUCCAGUGACGGUUAAACCCCUUCACUUGGGUUUGGUGCUCAUGGUGGAUUACUGUACUCUAUUGAAACAUCAGGCUUUGAGGAACUGUCAUGUCCAAAUCAACCUCUGAGGUUGAAAUGCUUUAUGUAGAAGUUCACCGUCGAAUGAUCGAGAAUGGAGAGUGGGAUCGAAUAUUGCAUCUCCUGUCCUCUAAGCUGUCGGAAAGCGGAUGGACAGACGACCUUCUGCACCGCGCCAAAGAAAACAGUAGAACUAUGGAUCCGCUUUCCCUUCAGACAAUCUUGCAGGAAUUGUUAUCGCAUGCGCAAACAAGCGUACCUCUCUCCGUGAAACGGGAGAUCACAACUCUUAUCAAGCAGUUCGUGAAGGAGCAAUUCGAGAAGUAGCAAAUACACCUUGCAUGACCACCUCCAUUUAUUCCAUACAAAACCGCUCAUGUAACUCUGUUCGCAAUCGUAAGUUAAAUGAAAUGACUUUUGGACGGUUGGUCCAGGGUAUUCGAAAGCU